CUACCUCUGACCACGCGAGCAGGAAGCGACGCACGGGAAGAUAAUGCGCGCGCUGCUCCGUUGGUCCGCGCGCCUCGGAGCUGGCAUUGUCCGUCCUGCCGGUGUGGGCAGUUUGGGAGGUUUUGGUGGCUUUAGUGGGCUCGGUACCGUCAAAAUGCUGCAUUACCGGACAGAGGAGAGGGGCCGCCCGCACUCAGUCGACUACAGGAUUUACUUUAAAACUUCCAGUGGUAAAUACAUUUCACCCUUUCAUGACAUCCCCCUGUAUGCCGCUGAUCAACAGAAUAACGAUGUACCAGCAAAGAAGCAGAAAAGAGACGACACUGAGCUUCUCUUAAAUAUGGUUGUAGAAGUUUCCCGCUGGUCAAAUGCCAAGAUGGAGAUCGCCACUAAGGAAGCACUGAACCCCAUCAAACAAGACGUUAAGAAAGGCAAGCUUCGCUAUGUGGCCAAUGUUUUCCCACAUAAAGGCUACAUCUGGAACUAUGGUGCACUGCCACAGACUUGGGAGGAUCCCAAUCACACAGAUAAAGACACCAACUGCUGUGGAGACAAUGACCCAAUAGAUGUGUGUGAUAUUGGUUCCAAGGUGUGCUCUGCUGGGCAAGUGAUUCAGGUGAAAGUUCUGGGCAUUUUGGCUCUGAUUGAUGAAGGAGAGACUGACUGGAAGGUCAUAGCCAUCAACACUGACGACCCAGAUGCUUCCAAAAUAAACAGUAUUGAAGAUGUUCGUCUGAGCAGACCCGGUCACCUGGAGGCCACGGUGGACUGGUUUAGAAAAUAUAAAAUACCAGACAGCAAGCCAGAGAACCAGUUUGCUUUCAACGGGCAAUUCAAAGACAAGGACUUUGCCAUGGAAGUGAUUAAAUCAACGCACAACUAUUGGAAAGCCCUGGUGCACAAACAGACAAAAUGUGGAGAAAUAAUCUGUCAGAACUCCUCAGUAUGCGACAGCCCGUUCCAGUGCAGUGAUGCAGAGGCCGCUGCAAUCGUCAAUGCGGCUCCUGAAUAUGGAGAAGCUCUGCCGCUUCCUGCAGAAGUGGAUAAAUGGCAUUUCCUGACACAGUGAUCGUAGAAGAAAGGCGAAGGUGUUACCGCAACCCUCCAACAGACACGGAGUAUAAAGCACGUGCCAUUAAAACGCUGAUCAGCGCAGAGGUUUUGUACUGUAAGAUCUCUGACACAGUCUUUGGUUCUUUUGUUUUAAAUGGGAGCAUAUAAUUUUAGAGAAUCAUAAUUUCUUUGUAUUCCCCAACAAAGUUUUGUUUGCCUAAUAAUAUUAUUUUAUUACAAACUGUUGUCUUGAAUUUGCUCUGCGUGGCAUCAAAAAAUGAUAAUUUUUCAAUAUACUGCCAAACUGAAGUUUAAUUUUGUGCCAAGUGUUACAACACCCAAUGAAGUUUUGUUUUCCAAAAGCAGAAAUUAGUGUUAAAUAUUCAGAGUUUCAGCUUUUUAUUUUGAUAAAGAAAUAGAAUCACGUCUUUCUCGUCUUUUUCACAUAAUGGAAAUGAAUUCAGUUUAAGCUGCUGUUGGAAUCAGAAUACUUAUUAGUUACAAAAGAAAUCUGACAGUUGAAAUGCUUGAAAUAAAUAUAAAUUUUAAUAAAAACACCCACAUCUCAGCAAUAUCAGGAAUGAUAUAAUAAACAGCUUUCAAAUAAACUGCAUUCAGUACUUCAGUACAUUACAAUACUUACAGUAUUUAUAUCCAUCCUUAAGUCCGUUUUAAGCAUACCAAACGUGGAAGGAACAGGGGAAGCAGUAAAAAAACAGGACAGAGGCCGAAAAAAAAACACAAUUGAAAACUUUAGUGUCUAACUGCAAAACACGUGUACAUAAACCGCUAGCUUAACGUAAGAGCCGUGCACCCCGUGUGUGUUAGUCAAAGUCAGAAAGUCAUUCAAGUAAAGUUGACUCCACUCAAACACUCUGAAGCAUCUUCAAGUAUGGCUAUGCUUUUCACCUGCUAUGUCCUAACGACCCUCUUUCGCUUCUCUUUUCUGCAACCUGCUACUCAAGCUGGGUCCUGUACACCAAAAUUCAACAUACUAAUUUCAUUUACAAAAUUGGAAUCUUUAUCCAAACUACUCAAAUUGUCUAAAUAAUUCAGCUAAUAAGGAAUCUGGUACUGAAAAGGUUUCUGAAAGCGUGGUAGCUACGCAGCCAGUCUUUUAGGGGAGAGGGAAAUGCUUUCAGUUAAACCUGAUUACACCACAGAAGGUAAAAUCUGAAGGGGAAAACCUUUGAUGGCUAAAUGAAGAGAAGCUCAUGGAUACAUUUAACAAACUACACACCUAAACGGCUUGACGUUACAAUAUCGGAACUUAAAACGAACAAUAAUGGAUUUGUACUUUUUGCAAUACAAACACAUGGUAUAUACAACAUGGCAUAAUUUAUUUCUGAACACAUUUACAGUAAUCUUUUUUUUUUUUCUCUUUAAAUAAAUGUAUUUUGCAUUCCUAA